AUGGCGCUCGAAUCGCUGAAGAGAUCCUUUGGGACUAUGAUGAAUAUUACGAAGAAGAAAGAGCCAUCCGAAGAUUCUAUCAUGACAACCGACUCUCCCGGUCAAAGCUUUGGCAGCCUAAACUCGUGCGCCAUGUCCAUUGACAGCGAAGACGCUCCACAAGACAGCGGCGUCGACAUCAAAAGUCCACCAGUACCGCCUCCCAACACGCAGUCUGACCAGUAUAACGACAUCGAUACUGUGAACCUAUACACCAACCCCAGCCUUAUCGAAACCGAGGCUCAGACAUCCACCACCACCCCGACAUUCACCGGCCUCCCUUCCACCAUCCGCGCACUAAUCUGGUCCUACGCCGCUCCCGCCCCGCGAACCCGUUUCCUCGAACUCCACACCUACAACACUAUCGACCACAUCCCGCGUCUCCGCUACAUACCCCCACUUCCACCGCUCUUCUCCACCAACCAAGAAGCCCGAAACUUCAUCAUCGCACACGAAGGUGGAGAACUCGUUAGUUUCACUUCGGAGAACUUUACCGCAUUAUUCUCCUUUCACGGCCGAAAGAUCGGUGGAGAAGAAAAUGAGAAGAAGUUCUACUUUAACUUCGACAGGGAUAUCAUAUGGUUGAGUGCGAGGUUCACAGCUGCUUGCAACACCACUGAGACAGUUCGUCUGCAAACAUUGUCUUCUAUCCUGCCGUCUGCCAGUCUUUCUCGUAUCCAACGCCUCGUAAUCUCAUACUCGGGUCUGGACUCUUACGCGCUUAUUGGACCACAUCUGCGCCCUUUUGCGCGUCUUGAGACGUUGUAUCUAUGUAUGAACGAUGCGCGCAUCAAGGAUAAUGUGAAGAGGUUACUCAAGAAAGGUGUACCGGCUGAUGGUGUGACGGCUGAGAAAUUGAGGAGCAUGAUUGAGCAGACUGAGGCUGAUGAAACGGAUGAUGAUGAGGAGAGCGAGGAAAUAGCUAUGGAGAGGUUGAUGGUGAGGGCAAGGAGGAGAGUGCUGGAGGUUUAUCUGAGACUAGGAGACUAG